AACAGACCAUUCACCUUGAAGGAGAAGAUGAUGGUGGUUUGGGUUAUUUUUCUGGAAGCGUGUUUGUCGACGUUGAGUUAAUAAAAACACAGAUUGUAAAACCAAUUUGUGGGUGGUUACAUUUCCGUGCACGGGAAGAAUAA